AUGACUGCCGUCGAUGAUGACAGCUCCUCAAAAUUCCCCAAAGACAAGUGGACGCUACUGUUCCAGGGAGCAGAGUCUCGCGUCUACAAGGGCGAGUACUACUCCAAGCCGGCUAUUCUCAAGGAACGAUUCAAGAAGACCUACCGUUUACCGGAGCUGGAUCAAAAGCUGACCAAAGAACGAAUUCGCGCAGAACUAAAGGCCUACGAGAAGAUCGGCAAAAGAUGUAAAGAACUGUUUCAGCUCAUGUCCACCGUGCUCUACUCGGAUGACCGAAACAUUGUCAUGUCAGAAAUUACUGAUGCCCAAAAUGUGAGUGAGUUCAUCAACAAGAACGAGCCAUCCAGUGCCGCCGUUGCUGAUGCCCUCUUCCAGAUGGGCGUCGUCGUGGCGCAGAUACACUCCUGUGGUAUUGUCCAUGGGGACUUGACAACGUCAAACUUUCUGGUGAAGCAAAUUGAGGAUGAUACGACCGGCGAGCCAGAGGGAAACAGAAAAGUUGUGCUCAUUCCAAUCGACUUUGGACUGUCUUCCUCCUCAGUAACCGACGAAGAUCGAGCUGUUGAUCUGUACGUGCUGGAGCGAGCCAUCGAAAGCACCCACCCGCAAGUCGACUUUGCCCUCUUUCUGCAAUCAUACCAAGAGAAAAUGGGCACUGAUAAAAUCAACAAAAAGCUAGAUCAAGUGCGAAUGCGAGGCAGGAAAAGGCUGGCCAUCGGGUAG